CAACGAGUUUGGGUAGCGAAGCCGUUGUCGACGCCGUCCAUGGACGAUUCAAGCAAUGCCAUGGAGCUCAAGCUGCAGCAGAAUCUGCUCAAGCAGCACGAGAACUACGCCCGGCAAAAGGAACUCCUCCAGAAACUCAAGAUGCAGAGCGAGGCCACGGCGCGCAACUUGAGUAUGCCAUUGCUAUCGAAAUCACCCGUGGUCGCGCCGUCAUCCUUACACGAAGCAUCGCUUCCCAGUCCCGUGAACCGAGACAAGAUGUUUCACGCGGCUGCGCCGUCGCCCCGACCGCUGUCAUCGUCCUUGAUUGAGUUGGCCAAAGACGAUCAGCGCAUCCAAGACAUCUACUCACAGGAGCUCGUCAACGAUGGACUGCGCAAGCAGCUCGAGCUCAUUCGACGGCUCGAAAGCGACAACUCCCGCCUUCGUUCAGAGACGGGCACCUUGCGCACACAAGUGACGCUACUCGAAGAUCGAUCGAAGCUCAAGGAGCGCGAACUCGCGCGUCAAGCUGCAGACCUCGAAGACUCAACGAACCAACUCAUGGACUUGCGUCAAGACCACCAUAAUGCAUUGCAACAGGGGCAAGAGACUCAGCAUGCGUUGGCCAAGGUGACGCGAGUGAAGGAUGCUCUGGAGGAGGAGCUGCGCGCUGCGCUGGACUCCCAACGGCGGCUUCACGAACGUAGCCACGUCGUCGAAAGAGAAGUUGACGAGGCAAAGGGUCGGGAGGCUGCAUUACUCGCCCACACCAAGGCUCUGGAAGCCACGCUGGCCAAGCAUGAAGCCACGAUUCGGGAUUUGCAGCACGACACCCUCAAACUACAGGAAACGCUCGCACAGAAGUCAGACCAGUGCACAGCGGUACAGGCGUCGGCUACGUCGUGCGUCGAGCACAUCGAAGCCAACUUGAAAGCCGUGCAGGACAACUUGGCUCGCGAAUCGGACAAGCGGCGGACGUGGGAGGCUGCGUGCCACACGCUCGAAGCCGAGGUCGAGUCGCUGAAAGCCAAUGACCUUGUGGUGAGGCAAACCCUCGACUCGGUGCGGGAUCUUCGGGAUCGCAAUGCCGCACUGGAAGAGAAGCAGCCAUACUACCAUCAGCUCGAGCUCGACAACAAGGAUAUGCACGCCAAGCUGCUCUUGGCCCAGCGCGACCGCGAAGAGCACGAACGCCUCGUCGUCCAGAUGAAGCACGGGAUUUGGCAGACAACUAGCGUGCUCAAGAAGGAGUUCGAGGCGGUGCGGGCGUACGUCGCGUCGAUGGAAGAGGAGGAAGGGAUAAUGGUCGAAGACGUUGACGUCCAAGUCACGUCGUGGCACGAGUGUCCAUCGGAAGUCCAGACUCUGCGCAGCGUACUCCACCACUUCAAGCACGACUUGGUGCACUUGAGCAAACGGAUGGUCGAGGGGCGCGAGAAGGAACAAACACUCAAAGCAGAAUGCAACCACUUGCAGCAAAAGCUCGUGGCGCUUCGACAAGACAUGAAGGAACUGGAACGGCAAUUGGAGAAACAGAAGGAGCUUUAUGCGAUUGCCGAGUCGGCCCGAGAAAUGUCGACUCGGGAGAAGCGCGACCUCCUCCUUUGGAGCCGCGCAACGUGCCAGAAGACGGAGCGCAUGGCGAGCGAAGUCGACCAGUGGGAGCAGUUCACCAUCCAACAAGUGCAUCGCAUGCACCGACUGCCGUGGCAAGAGACCACCGUCCAGAUCGCGGAGCUCAAGUACACGUCGUACGCGGAGCUGCGGUCAUCGUGGGAGCAGGCCCUUCAGUGUGUCUUGCAAGAAGCCCACCAAUGCCACGUCAAGUGCAACCAAGAAACCCACCGCGCAAACAAAGAGACGAAGCGAAAGCUCGAGCUCCAGCGCCGUCUCGACGCGGGGGACGCCGAGUGGCAAAAGAAGUGUGCUGAAAAGGACACAGAGAUGCAAGCGAUGCAGUUGCGCCACACGUCGAGUUUGCAGACGCUACAGGACCAGCACCGAUGCCUUGUAAAGGAGAACGACACCCAGAUCGCGACGCUGACCCACCAAGUGGAGGACUUGACGGUCAAGUGGAAUGCGUGCGAGCACGACCGGCAAAUGCUUCGUGACCAGCAUGCGAUUCUCGAAGCCCAGGCGCCGUUGUAUACGGGCAUCGCCCACAUGUUUGCCGUGUGCGUGCGGCCCAUGGUGCUCCAGAUCAGCGAGCUCCAGACGCAGAAACGAAUCCUGACCCACCAGCUCGGACAGAUGUAUGCUCAGCAAAAGGAAAUGGACCAAAUUGCAGCGCUCUUUCACUCGACAGAGCUCAAGAAGCCUCUUAAAGUCACGUUUCGCGCAGCGGCGCUCGCAGUGUUUGCGUCCAACCGCCUGCGCAACACCAGUCGGCAGUACGGGCGCAACGAAGCGCUCGGGCUCGUCUUUCCCCAGCAAAUUGGAGUUGUCAAGCUCUUGCCCCUCUCAAGUGUUCAGUACACAACGCAGACGCUGCUCCAACUCGAAAACAACAACUUUGUUGAGAAAUGGACGCGGCUAGCCCACGACACGUCAUCGCUGGGGGGGCUCCCGACGGGGCAAAAGCGUCCUGGCACGUAUAGCCACUCGGGCGUUGGGGAGUUGGUCCUGUCGACGCUUGCGGCGAUCGAUCCGUCUGGCGAGUGCGUCGUCACCAACACGCUGCAGGGCCACGCGAGCUUUCUCUGCGACCUGCAUCCCGUCCGCGCCAACGACAAGAAACUUACCGUCGACGUCCACCGCAUUCGCCGCGAGGUGGUCGAGUGGAUGAAGAAGGUGGAAAACUUGCAAUUCCAGCGCACGGCGCUGCAAAAAGAAAACUACGCGCUGCAAUCGCAGAUCCAUGAAAAGGACUUUGAGCUCCGGGAAAUGCACGUGCUAAGCGCCAAUGCCCAAGAGCUCCAGGAGAAGCUCGCGAUGUACCAAACCCAAGAUGGCCACGGUAUCACGCUGCGCGAAUUUGAAGCGUGUGUCGCCGCGUGCAAGGAAGCGGAAGCACGGUGUGAUGCGUACGUGGCCGAGCUCGACGAGAAGAAGCAGCUCGCAAAGGAGCUGCAGUCCCAACUCGACGUCACGACGGGUCGAAACAAGUUGGUCGAAGAGCAGUUGGACACAACGCGGCAAGCGCUGCUGGAAGAAGAGGAGGCGGUUGUGUCGCUGAAGAGCGUUGUCGCUCGGUACGAAGGCGAGAUGCGCCAGCUCACGCAGGCCGCGCACAGCGUCCAGUCGCAGUUCCAGCAGCGAUGCACCGAACUCGAGAGCGACAAACUCGAACUGAACGCGCUGUCGGCACUCCUCCACGAAACGCAGCGGAAAAACCAAUCGUUGGAGGACGAGCUCGACCAGAUGCACCAAGAAAUCAAGGCCAAGUCAGGUCAAAGCCACAAACUCGUGAGCAGCAGCCACCGUUCUCGAGCUGGGUCAGAGCACAGCAUCCGCCCAAGCGAAACCUACUCACCGCACGACCGCCACGCGUCCAAGGUGCACGAGUCCGUGGGGGAUCGGCCGCUUCGCUCGUCUGCGCUGUCGUCGCUUCAUCCCGCUGCCAUCGAGUACAAAGACGUGCCGCAUACCCUGAGGGCGUCCCACGCGACUUCGUCCCGCGACAAGAUGCACGUCGCCGACUUGGAAUCGAACGACGACACGGACAACAUGGACAUCGACAAGGUGCACCUCGCCGUCCAUAGCUACAUGAAUCGGAUCGACAUGAAGCUCCAGUCCAUGUAUGGCAUCCCAGGAUCGGACAAGUGGAAACAGUACAAGUUUAGCGAACACACGUAAAUGAUAUAGCAACGGUAGUGGUUUCGAUUACAGAGUCGAGGCGGCGUCGGCACGGCGCUGUCGGCGGCACGUCAAAAAGAUGCCAAUGCCCUCGACAUGCGUCGACACGGCAUAGCCGUUGGCCGCAUGUGCUUGAACAAACCGCUUGAGCUCGGCGGCCGAGAACCAAUGCGACUCGUACUUGGACGACGGCACCCAAAGGUCGCUCGUGGUGAAGUCGCACAUGUCGAGGGUCACGUUGUCCCCCACGAGCGCCGGGUUCUUCAUGUAGUAUUCAUGGACGCCGCGGCGGAAGCUCUCGCUGUGCCAGCACCCGAUGACGACAACACCGUCGUCGCCGGCAACGUCGAUCAUUUGAUCAAUCACGCCUUGGCGAAUCGCUUCUGGGAGAAUUCCAAACGUGUUCAUGAGAAUAGCCACGACGCGGGUCGACGUCCAAAAGUCCGCCGGCAUGGUCCGCUUCAGGAUCGCUUCCAGCUCCAACGCGUUGCCUUCAAUCAGGUAGUUGCGCGGAUGCGCAUGCAUCGCAGGGUGGAUGUCUUUCGCCAACUCGAUCAUGACCGGGUUGAUUUCGACGCCGACCGUGUACGCCAUGCGCUCAAAGAGCACCGACCCCAUCUCGGACGUCCCGCACCCGACCUCGACGUACGAAGUGGGGCGAUCCAGCGCCAUCAGCGACGCAAUGUACGCCUUCUGCGCCGUGUACAGCUCCGUCAUGAUCGCACACUUGCCAGUGUAGACAGAAUCCCGCCAGAUGAGCGGCAUCUUCCGGUCCGACCAGACCGCCACAACGCUCUCUUCCGACGAAUCGGCCAAUGCAAACGACACCUUCGACACGACCGCAACAUUCGCGUCGACGUCCACGUGCUUCGAUUGAACGACUUGCUCGAGGAGCGCAACGCCGUGGCCACUCGUCACGGCAAAGAUCGCGUCGCGCGCCAGCUUGGCCACGGCGCUGACCAACUGGCGGACAUCGUCGAUGUCCAUCUCGGUCACGUCGAUGUUGCUCCACACGACGUCGAAUGGUGCCGACACACUGUACGUGAGGGGAUUGCCUCGCUCAAACGACGCGUUCGGUGCGGCCCACUGCUGGCCUUUGCUGUCGACGACGUGGACGCGUCCGGCGCGUGCGAGGAUCGUGGGCAUAACACGGACGUUGCCAGCGUUCAGGACGACCACCGACUUGGCAGCGACGUACGUUUGAAUUGCGUCCAUGUAGUGUCCGAGCGGAUCCGAAAAUGACGGAGCGAGCCCGGCAAGAACAGUCGCAUGAUGCGAUGUAUUUAUACUCGGCCGUUGGCUGGUCGACUGGCCAAUUGCCAGCGCCGACGCCAGACGAAUUGACGACAUGUGGACUCCGCAACUUCAACAUGUCGGCGGCAGGCCCGACUCGAGGCGUCGCGUAUGCGACAUGGUGGAUGUGGCAAUAUCCCCGUGGACGGGGGAGGAUUCGUCGCCGUUCGUGGGAAGACGAACGAAGCUGCAUGCGAGAGCGGCGAGAGAGAACGGAGCCGUGGCGCGAUUGUGGCAAGGCCAUCUCGCGUCGACAUCGUGGAUUUUUCCAUGGCCAAUCAUGGCCCCGGGUUUGUAAAUCCAACUUGAAUGGGAUGAGAAUCUCUGAGUUGACGUUGAAGUGUUCUCGGUCGCCGCCAAGAGGCGCUGCCCACCCAUGCAUUCGCAGCUGGCGCGUGCCUCCAUCAAUCGGCACAGAUGCAGGGGGGUUGCCUGGAUGGGCGAUGCGGCGGUUCGUGUGGGACGUCCAUCUUGUUAUGGCGCUUGUACACGAUCUGUAGUCCAGUAGUGCGAGUGCA